UCUUCCCUUCCCUGGGGGAAAUUUUGGAGAGCUCCCACUUUGAACAUAUUCUAGAGAGAGAAAGUGAUAGAGAGAGAAACAGCCUCUUCUCUGCUCCCAAAACACACCCAUACCUAUCUGUGGCUUUCUUGUAUCAACAAUCGUGGUUUCAAGACUGUAUAUUGAGAACUGUGUUUGUACUGGCCAAGACUUUGAAAUAGACACCAGAUUUUCACGAGGAACUGAGGGUUUCUUUGCUACAAGCCUACAAGGCGUUAGCUAAAAACUUCAGCAUUUGUUGACAAACCUCGUAAACAGAAUCGGGGCUACGUGAAUGUUCACUGAGAUAAACUUCAGCAUUUGAGCCUUGGCAAUAUUAUCAUUCUGUAUUGUGUAUUGAUAAAAUAGCUUUCUAUUUCUGGAGACCAUUUGGGUUUAAGAAGAUACUGUAUGAUGAUUUUCUGUUGGAGGUCUAGGGCUUGAUUUUCAAGCUGGAAAUGAGUGCAGGGACAUGGUGAAUGGACAGUGGCAUAGCUUCAGGUCUGUUCCUUUGUUGGAACAUCGGUGCAUUGAACUAGCAGAAGCUUUUUUGUCAUUGGAAGGAUCCCAACUCGUCCUCUACAGGAAUAAGUGCGAUGUCUCGCUGCUUUCCGUUUCCUCCACCAGGAUAUGAAAAGAAGAUUACAAUUGAUGAUACUGGCCUUCUGAAAGAGGAGAAACGCAAGGAUAAAAGAUAUAAGAAGGAUAAAGAAAAAAAAGAUAGGGACAAAGACAGAAGCAGGGAGAAAAACAGGGAAAAAAAGGAGCGUAAGGAGAAGCGCAAGGAUAAGGAUAGGAAUAGAAAAGAUAAGCAACAGGACAAGAUUUCCAAUGAGAAGAGAAUUGGAGGGCAAGGGUGUUCUGGUGCAGAAAAUCUUGGUCCAAAGAGUUUGCAGAAUAACGGGAUCAGGGAUUAUAAAUAUGUGCAAGAGUUGGCCAGAAGAAUCGGGGAUGCAGAUUCAGCAGCAGGAAGCCAAAUGGUUCAGAAGAUUGAUGCUGCAAAAAAGAGAAAAGCUGAACAAUGGGCAGUCCCAGCAGAGAACACUAAUGGCAAUCAUACUGAAGAAAAAGAGAAACCGAAGGAUAAGAUGAGAGAUGGCAGGAGGGUCAAUGGGUAUAGAAACAAUUUUGAGACAAGGUGUCCGGAAAAUGCAAAUGAAAACUUUUUCGGAAUGGAUCCGGAAAGAUCUGAUGCAAUCUCCGCGUCAAAGGAGAAUAAUUUGGAGCAGCACUUGGAUGGGAAGGACAAGAAGAAAAACAAGGAAAGUGCUAAGAGUGAUAAACAGAAGGAUAGACAUCAAGAGAAAACAAGAAUGCCAAUAGAUGAAAAUUGGGAGAAAGAAAAGAAGCAAGAGGAAAAAGCGAAGGAGGUAAAUGAUCAAAGUAAUGGCCAUCUUAAAUUAAAAGAAACCAGUGUUAGAUUAAAAGAAAGUGGUAAGGACUCUGUAGAUUCAUGCAAUUUUAAGCCACCAGGCCUUUUAAAGAGGAGCGGUAAUAGUUCUGUUGGCGAGGGAAAUGUUGGCAAACGUAAAGAUCCUGAGUUGAAUGGAUUUUUACAUGGGAAUGGAUUUCCGAGACCUGUAUCUUCUCACUCAGUUGUAGAAAACGGAAAGAAAUUGGAACCAUGCCAAACUGCUUUCCGGCUUACAGCUGAGAAGCAGGGGCCAGUCCAUAGCCAAAGAGUGGAUGUCAAGGAACACGGAAGUAAUGGUGUGGUAAAGGAUCAAGGAUCCAAUAGAUGCUCAACGAGUUCUGCAUCUGCUGUUUUAGCAGUGCACAGCAAUGGUGACACAUCUGCAAAGCCGCCACAUCCUGAUUCCAAGUAUUUUAAUCGGAUACUUGAUGUGCCCAAAGUGGAGUGGUCUGAUUUUGAUGAUCAGGAAUGGCUGUUUAGCAGUGAUCAUCAGUCAAAGAAGCCCAAAGUGGCCUGCAAUUUUGUUGAUAUGACACCGCAAGUGUGGGCAGAUGCGCUAAAGAUAGAUUCUGCCGAUGUUAUGGCACUGCCAUAUGUCAUUCCAUACUAAAUUCAUAUUGAAUGGAUUUGAUUUUCCGAUAGUAAUAUCCUGAGAAUCUUCCAGGCAGGUAGCCCAGAAGCUGGGUCUUGACAACAUUGUUUUGUUAUCCUGGCCUGUUUUUUGUUUGCCAUUGUUAGUUCUUAGGAUACACUGCUGAUUAGUUCGGAUCUCUGUUGGAGUAAGUUCUACUGGUUUCUGGAUUACUUGUCCUGAAGGUGAUCAUCUCUCUCGAGUUCAGAUUAUGAUGCCACAUACUGAUCAAUAUUUGACCAAGUCUGGAUCCCAAUGGAGAAGCCAUUUUCCUAUGAAAGUGGACCUGUUGAUUCUUAAUUGUUGAGACGGACUUGAUUUAUUAGCCAAGCUGUAACUUACACGAUUGCAAAUAUUAGGAUUGUUCUGGCCUUUGUUGCACGCCCAAUUUUUGUUUUAUUUUAUGUAAGGACUAAGGAUGAAUGGAAGAGAUACCCCAUGUAAAUUAAGGAUGGAAUGAGUUAAGAUUCUACAUUAAUUACAAGGCAUUGGAGGGGACUUUUUUAUUUUA